CCAGACACAAAGGCAUCAUGGUACUGGGUGUCUUUGAUGGGAAACACCUGGAAAACCCUUGGAAAGGAUGUUGCAGAUACACAUCCCUACCUCCCUGGCUCAUUUGAUCAUGUCCCACGCAACAUCACUGAGAAGAUUAAUAGUGGGUAUAAGGCAUGGGAAUUCUGGCUGUUCCUCUAUGGACUUGGACCAGCGGUGUUGUAUAAGCAUUUGCCAGAUGAUAUAUGGGAACAUUUUUGCAGGCUUGUUCAUGCUGUCCGUUUCAUCUCCCAGCACUCAAUCUCACGCGACGAGCUCUGUCUAGCCAACAGAUUGUUCCUUGACUGGUCAAAAGAGUUCAAAAUGAUCUAUUAUCAGUGUCUCCCUACUUGCAUCCACUUUGUAUGGCAAAGUGUUCACGCUAUUGAUCAUUAUGGACAUGAAGUGGAAACAAAGGGCCCCCUUAUUUGCGCUUCUCAAUGGACAAUGGAGUGUAUGAUUGGCAACCUCGUUGAAGAAAUUCAGCAACCUUCUAACCCAUAUGCAAACCUUGGUCAGCAUGCAAUCCACCAUGCACAAAUCAAUGCUUUGAAAUCCAUCAUACCCUCGCUUGACACCAGUGACAUGAAACACCUUCCCCGCUUUGCAAAAGAUCUCGGAAGUGGAUAUGCAUUAUUGAAGUGCCAAGAUCAGACAAGCCAUGCAACAACUUUUUCAAAUGAUGGCACCAUUCGUGUUUGUCAGUGGGCUCAUCUACAGCUCCCAAACGGACAAAUUGCCCGUUCUCUUUGGAAAGAAACACAUUUCAAUGCCAGACAGUCACAAAAUGUCAAGAUCAUGCUUGAUGGCAAACCCAGAGUUGGCGAAGUGCAAUAUUAUAUUGAGUGUUGUAUUGACCACACAAGGCCUGUUGAAGCUCUCGCAGUUAUCAAACUGUUCUCUCUCCCUCACCAGGAGCUCCUUCGACAGUCUCACACAACUUUCAUAUCCUGCCAAUACCUUGGCGAUGCUGGCACAAUCGUCGUGAAUGUCAAAUUGAUUCAUUCUGUUGUUGCCAUGGUCCUGCAUAAACUCAAUGAUGAGGACCGGUUCUAUAUGGUUGAAAAGCCCGGUGCAGAUGUGACUUACCUUGGUGGGUACUUAGAAGAGGACGAGCAAAUAGUAGACCAGCAAUAAUGAUAAUAUGAGCAUCUGUACUUGCAAAGAAGUAUAUCACAUGGGCUUGCUGUGGGGUUGGUUGACUAAGCACCCCAGAUGGAAC